AUGGCCUUGUUGUUAAGAAGAUACAUUGACCAAGCUGUUGAGGGAAAUGGAGGGGUUGUUGGUGGUGGCAUUGAAGCCGAUGCGGGACAUAAUCUUGCCAUUGAAGCAGGUACUAGAGGAGGCGUUGAAGCCGGUGCAGGACAGAAUGUUACUAUUGAAGCAGGUGCUGGAAGGGGCGUUGGAGCCAGUGCUGGAGGGCUUGCUGAACUUGUUGGAGAUGAAGUCGUCGGAGUUGGAUAG